AUGGAGACGUCCAAGGAACUCGCAGGUCCGACACUGCAGGACUUCGAGGACGCCAGGGAGGAGCUGCUGCAGGCCGCCGAGGAGGGCAGCACGGCCCACGCCGAGGCCAGGGCGCUGCUCAGAAACGAAGCCAGCGCCCCCACCCGCAGGCGAUGCCUCGGCACGUCUCCCUGCCUCGUCUGCGCGGGUGUGACGGCGCUGAUCGUCGUUUCUGUUUCGGGAGCUGCUGGAGUCUGGCUGGCCAUGGACGACGGUCGAGGGGGCCCCUCCGCGAGGAGCCGCGGGCUCUCUGCUCCCCUGGUGAGCGGGCAGAGCGCGGCAGGGAGCGGCGCAGGGGCCGCCUCGACCAGGGGCGACGUCAUGGGCUCGCCCUGCGACAGCCCGCUGUGCAGGGCGGAGGCACGCUUGGACGACGUGAAGCGGUGGGACGGCUGGACUCGAGUGGUGCCGUUUCUCGUCACUGGAACCGAGACCACUGGGACUACAACCGAGACCACCACGACCACCGAGACUGUGACCCAGACCACCACUACCACAACCACUAGCACGACCACCACGACGACAACCCCAUGCGUGGUGCUGGAGGAGGGCGACGACUGCUACAAGGAGGUCCUGCAUGUUUUGUACGACAUGCGGGAGAACCCGGACAGCCGCGACGGCCUCUCGUUGUGGUCUUCUUUCGAGGACGUUCAGAGCUGGCUGCACGAGAACGAGAGCAAGAGCAAGUGCAUGGGCGCUUGCGAGUGUCAGGUGGUGCCGAUUGACAGCCAUUGCUACUCGAGCUUGGUGUUCGCAAGGGGGACUGGUAUCCGGGAGCACCCAGAAUGGUACCCGAGCUUAACGGAGGAUUCGUCCACGUACGGGUCGGCGGAUUUCCAGAAGUACCUCUGGGAGCACGCCAACGAGACCGAGUGCCCGAGGCCCUGCCGGGCCUUCCCGCGGAGCGACCCCUCGCUGUUCUGCUGGUCGCUCUCCCGCCAGUGGAGCUACGAGGCCGACGUGAUGAGGGCGCAGCUCGCGGCAGGCGCGGGCAUCUUCGGCUGCGACGGCUUCGCGGUGGUGAGCGAGGAGGAGUGGAGCAUCGGCUGGGGCCCAGGAGGGCGCAUCGGCGAGUUGAACACGCUGAGCUUCCCUGGCGCCCCCGUGGGUGUCUCGAAGGACGGCACUGCGGGAAACGCGCAGCUGUUCAUGAACGCUUGGGAUACGAUCUUGGAUCGGACCCUCGUCCUGGAUUUCGACUGGGCCAUCAAGGUGGACCCGGACGCCGUCGUCGUGCCAGACAGGGUGAGGGACCACGUGAGGGACAAGACGGGUUCCAAUGUGUUCGUCAGGAAUUGCGAGGGGGCAACUUGGCAAUUGAUGUUCGGGUCGUUGGAGACGAUCUCCCGGGGAGGCCUCCAGGUCUACAAGGAGGGCAGGUAUCGCUGCAGGAACGAGCUGGAUUGGUACUCGUGGGGGGAAGACUUCUUCCUUGACAAAUGCUUUCUCCACCUGGGCGUUGGCUCGACGAACGAUCUCUCCAUCAUCAGCGACGGUGUUUGCCACGGGGUCGACUGCAACGACGGAUGGGCCGCAGCAUUCCACCCGUUCAAGGGCAGCAACGAGUGGAUGAACUGCUGGAACACGGUCAAGAACAACCUGGGCGGGCCGCCCCACCCACCAUUGCCUUGA